AUGGAUUUCUUGAGAAGAACUUUUGGUCUGGCUAUAGGCCCUCCUGUUACUUCCGGUCAGCCAGAUCGCCAGUCCACAAUUGACCCAUCUCUCUGUCCGCGUACUGAGACUGUUUGUGAGUUGGCUCGCAUACUCGAUGAAGAGAGAGUAGUACAGGUCCGAGGGACGCCAGCAUCAGGAAAAACAACUCUUGCAUAUCUCCUAGACAGAUACUAUCACCAGCGAAACGUUCCGUCAGUCAUUAUCCCCAACUGGCCACAGGACAACUGUCAUGGCUACGCAAAUUUUCUAGUUCGCAAUGCAAACGAUGUGGGAUAUAGUUUUGUUACGACCCGCAAUCUUCUUAAUUGCGAUAUUGUCUUUAUUCUGGAUGAAGCUCAGAUGUCAUAUCAUGACUCAGGACUUUGGUUGGGUUUCAUUAAAACACAGAAUGAUCGACACUUUGGACCAAGAGUUUGCAUUUUCUCAUCAUACGGAAGUCCUACUGGAGGCGGAGAUGACUACAACCCGGGGAGCCCACUUGGGUAUCUUGGGGUUCAAAAACGAGUGUCGAUUACUGUAUCAAUGAUUCAAGAUUCGCCAUCAAUUAGUCUGUUUUAUAACCAAGGCGAAUUCAACGAAGUCGUUCAACGAAUUUGUAGCAAUGUCCGGCGUCCUUUACCCCUCCAUCAAGAAGCAAGCGACUAUAUAUACACCCUCACCAGUGGACAUCCAGGGGCUGUAGAGGCUGUUCUUGAUAUGUUGCAGAAGGUAUACCGGUCCAAGAUUAAGCAUGGGAACAUUAGUGCUGUGGAGAAGCACCACAUCAUUUUUACUUUAAAUGAUGAAGAAGAGUCCUUUCGAUAUCUUGCACAGACAGGAUUUCAGCGGUCUUUUGUGGACUUGCGUAGACUUACUUGUGCAGCAGGAAAUGUCUUACGUGAAGUUCUAGUAAAUCAACAUAUCCCUCGAGAUCUAGAUAACGAAGGAAUAAGAUUAUGUUAUGAAAAGGGUUGGCUUCAUUCUGAGCCUCUGGACUUCCGGGCGGAUCAAAUUGUCUGCGUCUUUCCAACCAGACUACAUGCCAAAUUUGUAGAGCACUAUCUUACAGAUUCUUCAGUCCCAUUCCCAUUGGAUAAAUAUCAGACUGUUGAGGCGCUAGCGGAAGCUGUGCUAAGAAAAUUCUCAUUGAGAAAUCUAUCUUCUGCAGCACAGCUUGGCACAGGAGCAGUGAUGCGACCUGUUGAGGCCGCCUAUCAGGAUGAGUUCUAUAGAGCGUUACAUGCACUUCUCGGGUUCUCAUCAAAGAUUUCAAGUGAGUGGUCCGGAAGUAAAGACGGUCGGAUAGAUUUUAGGAUUGCAGAUGUCAAUUGGGGUAUUGAAGUGUUGCGGGAGGGCAACAGAUUGACAAAGCAUUGCCAGAGAUUUAUCAAUAAUGGCAGUUAUACGCAGUGGAUCCAGAAUGGGUGGCUUCAGGACUGGCUUAUCAUCGACUGCCGUACUUCAGCCCCAGUUCCCUACAAUGUGCCCGGUACGAAGCUUUGGAGAGCGGUCUUCGCGAGUGACUUCUCUUCAAUUGAGAUCCUAGACUCAUACAAUCGUUCACUCGUCCCGCGUUUUCCCUUGACGGCUUAG